AUGGAUGUCGGAAGUUUGGUUUCCUCGCAAAAGGGUUCGUUACCUAGCCACAUUUACCACUGUUUUAACAUACUUUGGGAUUUGCAGUUACUGGUUUCCUCUUCAUAUGGAUCUUUGUAACAUUUUGGAAUAAGAUGGAGGAUAGAGUCGAAGUGUUUCAGUCAGAAUUCUGACACACCGACUGAUUGUGAAACUGGCUGGACCGGGUACAAAAGUACAAGGACUUAUUGUCCGUGAAAAAGGAGCAACCCGUGUGUGUGACUCAGCGGUAAAGAACGCCUGAACAACCCACCAGCUUCGUUCAUCAAACCAUGAUCAAACAUUCCAUCGUGGGACAUUAAAAAUCAAGUUUAUUGUUUUAACUGAAACUAUGCAGCAGAUUAAACAUUUCAACCGAUGAAACAUCAAGACUUUUUGUGAAUGUGUUGAGAUAGUUUUCCCAAGCCAAGAUGAAGGUGACAGUAAGUUUUGGAGCGGUGCGAGUGGUGGUUCCGUGUGGGAGUGGAGACAUUACUGUGACUGAAUUGAUGGACAAAUCGGUACAAAGGUACCGAAAAGCAACAGGCAGGACUGAUGACUACUGGGUCCGAAUCAAAAGUCUGAAGAGUGAAGGAGAAGAUGGGAUACUAGACGUUGAUGACUUGGUCUGUGAUGUUGCAGAUGAUAGGGAGAAGCUGAUUGCUAUUUUCGAUGAGCAAGACCGACCACGCCCCUCUGGUCAUCUUAUACUGGAUGGUACUAGCACCUGUACCAGCUCUGUAGGCACAGCGAGCCCUUUACUCAACUUCAACAGCCUGGAUACCAAUGGACAGAUGAAUAAUAGUAAUAAUAAGAUGAUGUCGAGUCAUUAUGGAGACUUUGAUGAGCCGAGUGAAGUGGAUGUUGUGGUGACAGGAGAUGAAAUAUCAACAGAUCCCAAGCUGCAUGUUCGACGAGGGAGUGAUCCGAUCAUACCAAUCAUGAACGGUGAUCCACAGAAAUGGAACAACGAUCCUGAGACUGACAUUGAUUCUAAUGCCAACACCUUGCCAGACAAGAAACCAAGCCAAGUAAUAAUUGAGAAGCGUCGAGGAAGUAAAGAUGAACUGAGCAGCGCCUUCUCUCGGUUUGGACGGGAUUCUUCCAGACAGUCAAUCUCAGGGACGCUUCAAAAUAACAUGUAUAAAUGGGCAGAAGCGCAAGAAAAGACUCAAAACGAGACAAACGGAAGGAAGGACUCUGAAGAGGGCAACGAUGACAUGGAAAGGGAAAAGAUUAUUAUAAAGAAUGAUGGAACGCCACUUGGUAUUCAGAUUAUUGCACGAGUUGAAAAUGAUGAUGACAGUGCGUAUGGUUUGGUGAUCCAUGGUAUAGAGACUGGAGGCAGGGCAGCUAGAGAUGGUAGAUUGCGGCAAGGCGAUCAUAUACUCACUAUUAAUAAACUGGACAUCACCGAAAUGACAUUCGAUGGUGCUCAGGAGUUAUUGCGUGAUGCGAUGCGUACAGAGUCAGUGACACUUACUGUAGAACGUGAGCAACAACCAUCAGAUGAUAAUCAGAAUCACUCUGUCGAGUCUUCGAGGGUACCCCCUGAUGUUCCUGCCCGUGCCCCAGCGACAUCACUCUCUAAAGAAGAGUCUCAGUCACAGAAGGUUCAUAAUAUCAUCGCACCGACUAACACUAGGAGAAUCGGAAGAAAGCUUUAUGUACAACUAAUGAAAGGUCCUCAGGGGUUAGGCUUUAGCAUCACUACGAGAGAUAACGCUGUAGGGGGCAAGAACCCAAUCUACAUUAAGAACAUCUUGCCUAAAGGAGCAGCUAUCGCUGAUGGAAGAUGUAAACCAGGAGACAGACUGCUUGAGGUGAAUGGUAUUGAGAUGACCGGUAAGACACAGAGUGAAGCUGUUUCCAUCCUACGCAGUGUCAGACUAGGAGGCGUCGUCAAUCUUGUACUUUCUCGACAAGACUCUGGAUCCACUGCUGCCACUCCUGAGAAGGUCUUACCCAGAGAAUUGCCUGAAGAGAAAACCACUGAUGAUCCCACCAAUGCUAAGAACAAAGCAGUAGUUGUCUUUGAUAUUCCACUGAAUGACACUGGGUCAGCUGGUCUAGGGGUCAGCGUUAAGGGAAAGACGUCUGGCAAUGGAACAGAUGGAGAAACUAAAGAUCUUGGAAUCUUCAUUAAGAGUGUGAUUCACGGAGGAGCUGCAUCUAAAGAUGGAAGACUGCGUCCGAAUGAUCAGCUUCUCUACAUCAAUGAUGAAUCCCUCAUCAGUAUCUCAAACAGCAGCGCUAUGGACAUCUUACGUCGCUCCAUGGCGGGAGAUAAAUCCCCUCGUUCUCACAUCCGUCUCGUGAUAGCUCGUCGUACAGACCCUGGUGAUGUCACACCUACAUCAUCCAGACCCUCAGACCAUGGGAUUGAGACUAAAGCAGAGUCGAUUGAUGGAGAGGGUAGACCGGGUAGUCCGGUGUCGAUCUCAUCUCGUGGGGUGGAGUUGGACAUGGAAGCAAUGGAUGAAUUAUUCAAACAUCCAGUGUUGAAUAAACUCAAUGCACUUGAGAAAGAGCAGUUAUUGAAUCGUCAUGUUGGACCAGGAGGAGAUGGGUUCGCUGAAGAUACGUCUCAGCUUUCACCAACAAUGCCUAAAGGGGGAGAGGAGAUUGUCAUGAUAGAUGAUGCCGACAUUGAUGAUGCGAUUGCAAAGAUAGCCGCAGCAAGUCCAUCUGCAUCAGGUAGAGCACCAUCUCCUCCUCAAUGGCUGGUGGAUACUUGGGAGAAAGCUAGAGAUGAAGAAGGUGAGUCAAGCCCAGUGGAUGAUCCAUACAACCAGUUCCAGCGAGACAGUUUUGCCAGACGGAGUUUCUCAGAGCGUCAUAAAGGUGGUGGAUCUCUUGAUACUAAACAGAUGGCUUGGUAUAAGAAGAAAGGUGGACCAGAGCCACCUAAGGUUCCUCCUAAGACCGUCCAUCACCCUAAGGGAUCACCUCAACAUAAAGAUAUUGCAAUCAGUACAGGGAGUUUAGUGAGAUCUAAUUCCACUGACAAUCUGAAGGAUACACCCAACUUGUCUUCCAUUCACCAUUUGACAGCAGAGGAACGUAGAGACAUCGGUCCAUUCCUCGGCCUCAAGAAAAACAGCUCUUUAGAAAGUCUUCAAGCCGCAGUUGCAGAGGUCACGACCCAUGAUGACCUUUCAUCUCGACCUAGGGCAAAGGUCGUACGAGGUCGUGGUUGUAAUGAGAGCUUUCGAGCAGCUGUGGAUCGUUCAUAUGAUCAGCCUCUUAACGGGAAUGCCAUUAACUCAGUGGAUACAGGUUCAGAGUUCAGAGAGAACGGCCAUAUUCAGGUUCGUGAUGACCGCUCAUCUAAAGAUGACCACUCCUCGAUCAGUAGCCAUGAUCCGGUCAUCAUGUCCCAGACGGGAGGAACCUCUAAGAAGAGGAAGGAGAAGGAGAAGGAAAAAGAUAAGAGGAAGAGUAGCACCUUUAAAGGAUUUGGAUCUAUGUUCAGGUUUGGUAAGAAUCGUAAACCGGAUCGCGAUGGACGGCCGGCUGAAGAGAGACAACGAUCAAAUUCUGUUUCAUCUGAGAAAUCUAGGCUAGAGGAGAUCGAGAAAUACAAAGAACAACAAGAAGAGCAAAGCUCCCGCAUUCAAGAUGAGGUUCGUAAACAUCGUGAGAAUCAAUCCUUGAGACGACAGAAGGAAGAAAGUCUUGAGGCACGCAACAAAGCAGAACGAAUGCAAGAACUAAGACAGAAAUACCAACGAGAUCAUAGAGAGAGACAGGGUCGUUAUGUUGAUGAUGUCAUCGGUGAUGAAGAGGCAAGAGAUGAGGAUAGAAGAAGCGGAGAUCGAGAGGACGAGGGAUAUGGAGAUGGGUCACCAUCAUCACCGAGGAGUCCUCGCCCCUAUUCACCCCACCGUGAGACGACCGAUAGCCAUGCACCAGAGUAUCGGGAUCGAGAUCAUGACCGCUGGGAACGACAGAGUGAUGGUAACCCACGAAGUAGUCGUCACCAUGAUGAUACACGGCUACAUGAUGAACGUCGUUAUGAUGAACGAAGCAGACAUAAUGGUCGCCGAAGUGUACCUCCAUACAUUGAGUCCAGAAACAGAGAUGAGCAUCAUGAUCGGCGAAGAGAAACUCAUACUACAGCUGAAGUUGAAAUGGAACCAAAGUACGCAACGGUAAACCGUAAAGCGCGUCCUGAUAGGAACUCUGAAUCUUCCAUGAGAGAUAAACACAAUGAUCGCAACAAACCAGAGAAGAUUUAUGCUUCUCAUUACGAAUCCGUAGAGCGACGAGAACGGACUGAUCGCGAUCCGCCCAAAAGAAACCCGGAUAAAAUCUAUGAGAGUGUUGAGUUUCAACGACCGCCGCGUGUCUCUGAUCGACAUCGAGACGAGAGGAAUCGAGAGGAUCGUCAUCGGAAUGAGAGGAAUCCUGAGGAGUGGCAUCGAGACGAUAGGUUUUAUGAAGAUAGACAUCGUGAGGAUAGGAAUAGAGAUGAAAGGUAUAAGGAAGAUCGAUACAGAGACGAGAGAUAUCGUGGUGAGCGCCACGGUGAUAGACCUGACGGCAGGAGGGUAGAGAGAAGACCUGAAAGAGAAAAGAAACACAAUGAUCCUGACAAGAUUAAAAACAGUGACACACUACGGAAGAAAGAAAGCGAAACUCUCAAAGAAAGUGAUUCCUACAAUCCCAAAGAGAAGGAAGCUCUUAAACGCAAAGAGAGCGAUACUUUGAAACGCAAAGGAAGUGAGAAAACUAGCAAAAAAGCAGACAAGUCUAAGGCCAAAGAGACAGAGAAAAAAGAAACUGAUAAAAAGGAGAAAGAGGAAUCUAAACUGACUCGACGAAAAAGUGACAAGAAGAAAGAUGAGAAAGAGAAAGACAAAAAGAAGGAAAAAGCGAAAUCCAAAGAUGAGAAAGUUUCGUCUGAAGAAGAGAAAACGGAGGAGAGAAAUGUGGACUCAAGGAGAGAUCGGCGAGAUGAGAAUGAUAGAAGGGAUGCAAGACGAGGUGAUACUCUAGAUAGGAGGCAUCGUGGGGAGAAGGAAGGCGGAGAUGGAAGAGAUCGUAGGAGGGAUGAUGGUAGACGAGAUACGAGGGAUCGGCAGAGGAGCCCACCACCUAGUGACAAGUAUGGAUAUGGCAGCCUGGGAAGACCACAUCGUAAACGAACCACUAAUGAUCCAAACCAACACAACAGGGGAACCAGAGAAAGCGGGUACCAAUCAGACCAUGAUCGCCACCGACCAGAUCAUAACCAUGACAACCACACAUCGUCCAAUUACAAAGGUUAUGCAAAUGGACCAACAGCCAAUCACUAUCCAGAUGAGAGACGACCUCGUAUGACCUCAACCCAAAGCGUUGAUCGACAUCACGAUGGUUAUUACGGCAAGGAGGAUUAUGGAUCUUCUUCUAAUCACCAAAGUCGGACUGGUAGACGGAUGCAUUACUCAGAAUCAGGUUUGGAUUAUGAAGAACGUGACGCAGCCAGAGUUUAACGCCAAUAACAGUAAUAAAAUAUUAACGACACAAUGGGUGCGUUCGAUUAGCUACCCCAUAUCGACCCCGGUCUGCCCCCGGUGCAUUUGGAUAGCUUUGCCGUCAUUCCAGGGGCUCAUUCGGUCAGCCCUAAGUGCCCUACUUGUGUAAGGGGUCACUUGGGGCUGCCCUAAGGUGCAUGAUGUCACCACGAGAGGGCGAGUGUGAUCGUUCGAUUAGCUCUUGUGAGGGGCUCAUCAAGGGGUCAACACGGGGAAGCUAAUGGAAUGCACCCAAUGUCACUGUAACUCAUAAAAGUAUCCAGUAUACAGUUCUUACACACAUCGGUGUAAGUCGAUGUGUUGGAAACCAAAUGAUAUUCUUUAUCCCUAAUGCAAACUUAAACAAUGUCACUGUUAUUGAUGUUAAGUGCUGGCCAUGCAACUUGUGAGAAUCUUCAACAGAAUGUUAAAGGAUUCUCAUGGUAGACUUAAGAACAAGUUUGUUGUGUUGCAUCAUUACCAUGGUGACACUUUUGCUAUGGUUACCGUGAGUUAUAUUCAAUUUAUAUUAGAUCAUAUUGAUCCUAUUUGAAUUGAUUAGGAUUAGGGAAAGUUCGAUCAGCGACCAUUUGUCAACUACUAGUCACUGUUCAAUGGUCACCUUUGCAUGCCAGGCAAAAUCGCCCAAUGGACGACAAUAGUCAACUAUAGUCCCUUGAUAGAACUUGCUCUUAGUUGUAGCAUUGUAUUGGCUUUAUAAUGGGUAGAAACAAGAAGUAACAGUAACACCAUGGACUUUGCUGGAAAUAUUUCUUAUAUUUUUGCGAUACAAAACUUGAGGCCGGAAUCAACUUCUUUACAACUUGUUACUCUGAAACAUUUUUGAGUUUCUGUCUUAGACGUCUCAUCAUUUGUCCCCUCAUUGUCUCAUGAUUUGUCCCAUCAAGUUUGUCAGUGAGUUUUCAAAUUCAAACAAAGAACUCCUUUAUAAUAAGUAGGAUUUGAAACUUUGGAUGGUGGAAGUAAGAGAGUUUUGCCGCUGCGGUACACCUUGUGAAAAUCUCUUUUCAGUGGUGUUAGUUCUAAAAAGCUUAAAUGAGAUUUUCACAAGUUGUUAUUGCAAACCUCUUUUAGUCCUUUAUAAUAGCAAAUUCAAAAUUCUCUUGUAGGUAUUUAAAAGGGAAAUGUAUAAGCCUUAAAUGUAGAUAGGUGUAGCUUAAGAUUAUGCAAAAUGUUUUUAAUGUUGAGUUUUAUUUGCAGUAAUUUUUCAGUUGUUAGCAUGCCCAAAUAUGGUUUAUCAAAUUAGUUUGUCAUGAGUAUGAUUUCACAAUCAUACUUUGCUCGAAAGUGUUUGUCCUUUAACGUUGAUGUACUGGAUGUUAAGUUUAUAAUUAAUUGUUUAUUUUAUUUUUUGGUAAAUGAGUACUACUCACUUUUAGAUACGCAGUUUCUGAUUGUGCUUGUGAGAUUUUUGAACAUGGAGUUAAGUUUGAUGGUGACGCUUGAUAGGGUGGGAAGAGCUAUUUAUUCUAGUCAAAGACCAUUAUUUACAGCACAGCUCAAAUAUAGAAGCAUUAUAUAUGGCACGCCUGAACAUAUAUGGAGACCGCCAACAUAUGGCUGGAUAGCUCAGUUGGUAGAGCGCCGGCACUUUAAGCCGGAGGUUGUUGGUUCAAGUCCUGCUCCAGUCAAUGUUUCUUUGUUCAAACCCAAAAUAUGUAAAUGCAAAAAUGUAAAGUUAUUUAAACCACCAUUUUCCAAAGAGUGCCUUGGGAGUUUGCAAACAAAUGAUUUCUAAACCGAAUUGCCUGAUGUUCAGAAAUAACUUUGUUCAGAACAGUAACUUGGAAAUGUAAAAUCCUUACAGGUUUCAAAUUCUGCUGUAGGAUUUUGUCUUGUUUAUUUGUCGUGGUUUUUUUUGGUAGAGACAUACAGGACAUUGUGAAGGAACUGCUCCAUUUGUAUAAUAUUUGUAUAUAUUCUUUCAUUAUUCAAUAUUUGUUUUAAUUGAUGAGUAUUUAUUAUUCAG